AUGAAUAAAUAAUAAUGUUGUUAAUAGUGUGAAAGCAAUGAAAAUGUUUUGAUUUGUGUUAAAUGUUCAUAAGGCUUAUGUGAUGAAUGUUUCUAAUAGUUUGGUGGAAAGGAUUUUGAAGCAUUAUGUCCAGUUUGCUAAAUGCUUAGUGUUUUUAGGUAAUCAUAGGUGGAAAUCUGUGAGGCUUGUGCAGACAUUCAUGAGAGUGAAUAAGAGGAAAUGGAAUGUCUAUUUAAAUCAAUGAACUUAAUGAAGGAUAAGAUGAAUCAACUAUUUUUAGUUGGAUAAUAAAGGAUUAAGAGAAUAGAAUAAUUGAAAUAAUAAAUAUAAAUAAAUGAAAAUGAAAUUAAUAUGUUGAAAGCAUAGGCCUAGAUUUUAUGA